ACAAAUGACAGGAUAAACGGUCAGCAAAUUUACAUUUUUUUAUCUUUCUUUUUUUAAAUAUUAUCAUUCUUCUUUUUUUCUUUUCUUAGGCCUUUGAACUUAUUACACUCCUUUUAAAUAAAACACAGUAAAAAAAAUUCAUUUUCUAAGCAUACACAGUUCAAAUAGCCAGUAAAAUCGACAACUUAAAAGUACGACGACAUGACCCUAACAUUAAAUGAAUCGGACAUUGUUCAACCUGAUUCAGACAUUAACACAUCAUCUCAAGUCGAAUUCGAAAAGCUCAGCAUAAAGUCAACCGACACCCCUGAGAAUGUUUCGAGCACUGUCACGCCUCAAAAGCCAUUAAUAUACACAAACUCUAAUAUUGUUUUAAAGCCUGACGACGUCGUGUCACCAGGAUCUGUAAAUUCCUCGGUCAGUGGCUCUCCAACAAUAAGCACAAACUCUCCACGCCUCAUUGUGCAACCUCAACAACGUUCACCUUCUUUUCAAAAUGCUAGGCCACUUCAAUAUUCACCCUCCUUUCAAAAUCAUAGACCUCUUCAGUAUUCGCCUUCCUUCCAACGUCCUCCUCCUUUUCAAAAUGGAAUGCCUCAUCAAAGACCUUAUCCGUACAAUCCUGGUCUAAGUAGACAACCCACUGCUUAUUAUGCUGAUCAUAGGCCUCCUCCUCCUUCUCAACAGUUUCAGUAUAGACAGGGUGCUCCGUUACCGCCACAACCCAUGAUGUCAGGCCCAUCAUUAUCUCCACCUCAACAGCAACAAAAUAAUAUGCGUCCACCCCCUCCACCAACUCAUAAUUACUAUCCAAAUAAUAAUAAUGCUUAUAAUCCUCAAAUGAGACCCAUCAUACCUCCAACAUUCAAUAACAAUUCUUCAGCUACCAUCGUACAAUCCCAAGAUGGAUCUUAUCUAGCUGAUAGCUCAGUUGCUGUAGCAAAUUCUGCUGGUAAAAAACCCAAGGGGAGUCAUUUCCCGCCUGCCAACAAGGAGACACUAGCCAUGUACCGUAAAGAAGCGGAAGGAAAUAAUCCUCAUGCCUCUCUAGAAUUAGCAAAGUUUUUGGUCGAAGCAGCAAAUCAAUUACGCCCUGAUGAACAAGAUCCAAAACGUACAAAGAGAGCACGUGAAGCCAUGUUGAUGGAAGCACAAAAAAUCUGCAAAAAACUGGCUGCGCAUUCUGGAAUGGGUAAACAGGGUUAUGCAGAUGCUCAAUUUUAUUUGGCCAAUUGUUACGGUACAGGUGCUAUGGGACUUCAGACAGAUCCCGAUAAGGCCUUUGCUCUCUAUAUUCAAGGAUCCAAACAAAGUCAUCCUGAUUGUACAUUUAGGGCCGCUGUUUGUUACGAAGUGGGAGCGGGCACCAAAAGAGACAAGAACCACGCAAUCCAGUUUUAUAGAAAGGCUGCUAAUUUGGGAAAUAGUGUAGCCAUGUACAAAUUAGGCAUGAUUUUAUUAAAAGGGUUCCUUGGUCAACCUAAAAAUCCCCGUGAAGGUAUCUCUUGGUUAAAACGUGCCUCUCAACAGGCUGAUGAAGAUCAUCCGCAUGCUUUACAUGAAUUAGGUUUGGCCUUUGAAAAAGAAGGUGUCCCUUCUGUCAUUCCCGAUCUCAACUAUGCCCGUGAGUUGUUUACUCAGGCUGCUCAAUACGGAUACGCCCCAUCUCAGUUUAAACUAGGUCUGGCAUAUGAAAAUGGCUUUUUAAAUUGUCCUGUAGAUCCUAGACGCUCAAUUGCAUGGUAUUCAAAAGCUGCUGAGCAAGGAGAUCUGGAAGCUGAGUUUGCUCUUUCUGGCUGGUAUCUGACUGGUGCAGAAGGUGUGUUGCCUCAAAGUGAUGCCGAAGCUUACUUAUGGGCUCGCAAGGCUGCUGAUAAAGGCAAUGCAAAAGCUGAGUAUGCUGUAGGUUAUUACACAGAAACGGGUACAGGCGUAAGACCAAAUUUAGAAGAAGCUAAGCGUUGGUAUAUGCGUGCUGCUGCACAGAAUUACCGAAGAGCAAUGCAACGUUUGACAGAACUUAAAUAUAGUGGGGCACGACAACAACAAAGACGAAAACACACGCGUGAUGACAAUAACACAUCUUCUAAUAAUUCCAAGGAUUCGGAAUGUACCAUUAUGUAAAUUCAUAUUUAGACCCUUUUCUCCCAUAUACUUUCGCUUUUUUUUUUAAAAAAUAUAUAUACAAUUAAAUAAUAAAUAAUCAUCA